AUGGACUACCCCGACCCAAACAGUCCCGCCUCCCGCGCCGCGCGCAUCAAAACCCUCCAAGACAGACGCGACGUAACGCUCGACAUGGCCAAUGCCGCGCGCGACAGCCGGACCGAGCUCCGCAUCCGCCUGCAGCAUCUCGGGUACAACCUCACGCGCAACUUCCUCUUUCAGGGCGUCAUGACGCCCAUGAUACAGGCGCUGAUAGCGCGCGCAGACGCGCUUGGGCUGAUCCUCCAGCAGCACGAGGCCAUAUUGGAGCGGCAGGACCAGAGGCUGGAGGAGGCGGAGGAGGACGAGGCGUAUGUGGCGGGUGAGGAGAAGAUUGAGGAGGAGAGAGAGCGAUUUGGGCGCGAGGAGGAGAUGCGGAUGAAGGUGUGGAGGCAGGUGACGAAGAAGAGUUGGGCGCAGAGGGAGGAGGAGAGGGUGGCGAGGAGGAUCGUUGAGCUGGAGGCGGAGAUUGCGGAGAAGGAGGCGGAAAUCGUGGAGAGGCUGGAGAGGGAGAUCGCGGAGAAGGAGGCGGAGCGGGCCGAGAAGAUGGCUAGGGAGAUUGUGGAGAAGGAGAAGGUAGAGCUGGUGGAGAAGACGGGAAAGGAGAUCGUUGAGAAGGAGAUGGAGCCAGCGGAGAGGAUGGCAAUGCAGACCGCAGAGAUGGAGGCGGAGCUAUCGGACAGGCUGGCAAGGGUGAUUGAGGAGAAAGAGGCCGAGCUGACAGAGAAGGAGGCGCAGGCGCGCAAGCAAAGGAAGAAGGCAAAGAGGGCAGCGAAGCGCCAAAGGAAGGAGGCAGCAAGGAGGGAGAGGGAGGAGGCCGCAAGGGAGGCAGCUGCGAAUAAGACAGCUGAGGGAGAGGAAGCUGCGAGCGGGGCAGGAGCGCAAGUGGGAGAGGAAGGAGAAACCAGGUCGAAAAAGUCCAAGAAACGCAAGAUGGAGGAGAAGGCCGAGCUGGCGGAGCCGGAAGAGCCGGAGACAGAGCAGGCUUCAGAGAUGCCGAAGAAGAAGAAGGCCAAGGCGAAGAAGGAUGACAAGGGUAAGGGAAAGGAGAAGCAGCAGGAUUGA